AUGCCGCCAAAGAAAGCUAAGGUUGUGAAAGCUAAGGUUGUGAGACCAGCCAGAGUUGUGCGACCCGCAGCUAGAGCUGCAAGUCCAGCUGCUUCGUCAGAAAGUGUCCAUGGUAGAAUGGGAACUUCCUUAAUCAGGAUGUGGAAGAUGGCUGACAGCUUGUGGAGAACAUGGCCAUAUCAACUGGGUGCUAUGGAGAUCAUUAUGAGAAGGAGUAGCCCACCCCAAAUCGCUGUGGACAUCGAUGACGAGGAAGGGGAGGAUUUGGUCGAGUAUGCUGACAUCCCAGCACCGAACUCGAUCGAGCUGGAACAAAACCUGAACCAGAGCUCGAUCGAGCUGAAGAAACCGAGACUCAGCAAGACAAACCAGAGCUCGAUCGAGCCGAGAAGCGAACGGACAAAGCAAGCUAGCCAACCAACUAAACCUGUUGGAAAGAAGAAAGACACUCCAUCAGGACCACCACCAUACAAACCCCCUCUACCCUUUCCAGGAAGCGGAAGGUCAUCUCCGACAAAAAGGAAGAUCCGGGGAGUUUCACUUUGCCUGCAUGUUGGGACCUCUAUCUUUCAAAAACAGCCUCUGCGACCUAGGAUCAUCAGUCAGCCUCAUGCCUUUGUCGUAGCAAAGAGACUGGGAUAUCACAAGUAUCAAGCCUGCGGAAUCUCACUGGUUUUGGCAGAUAGAUCGAUAAGGUUACCAACUGGAAUGCUUGAAGACCUGCCUUUGAGAAUAGGGAAUGUAGAAAUCCCCACCGACUUCAUUGUGCUUGAAAUGGAUGAGGAACCAACAGAUCCAUUGAUACUAGGAAGGCCAUUCCUAGCUACAGCAAGAGCAAUGAUAGAUGUCUGUGAAGGCACAAUUGAGCUAAACUUGGGAAAGGACCUAAAGAUGAAGUUUGACAUCAAGGAUACAAUGAGGAAGCCAACAAUAGAAGGUCAACUCUUUUAUGUUGAAGAAAUGGAUCAGUUGGCAGAUGAGCUUUUAGAAGAGCUAUCUUGGAGGACCCCCUACAAGUUGCUUUGA